AAUGUCUGCCCACAAGUCUUACGUCUCAAAGAGAUGGCUAGUUUUAUUGUUAACAAUCGACUGGAUGGUACUUAGUUAUGGUAAAGAGAAUGGCGCACUCGUCAAAAGAGACACAACACUUGAAAACGUGAAGGCGAUGUACAACAGAUUUGUGAGUGAUUCAACUGGAAAGGCAAAGUAUGCUGACGCUGGAAAUAACGCUUGCUCAAUGGACUUGCCGCCGUCUAUAACUAAAACACCAGGAAUAGUUCAUGUGGCUGCAUCAAAGCAUGACUUCCAGGGUUCUCUUGGAUGCGGAGUGUGCCUUAACAUUGUUGGAAGUGGAAAACCUGCUGCAGCAGAUCUGGACGGCUCACCACCAGUUGAAGGAAGCUUAAAAGGAAUAAUCGUCGACCAAGACGAGUCACUGAAUCAAGGUGCUGACAGUAUUUUACUGUAA